CUACCCAUGCUGUGCCUUCAUUUCCUUCAUACACCGUACACACCAUGAACUCCAACGCAGCCUACAAACCGUACAUUGAGAAGGGUGUUUUAAUGAUUUACUUUCUCUUGCUAUCAGGUUCACUGGCACUAAAGGUAAUAACACCGGGGAAUAUUGCUGUUGCUAAAGGAGGCGUUGCCACACUGAAAUGCAAUCUGUCAAUAGAAAAGAGCACUAGUAUCACACAGAGUGAAUGGAACAGAUGCAAUGAUAAAAAAGUUUUAGUGUACCACCCUGAACACGGAGCUACCAUCACAUACGAAUACAUUGAUCGCAUCUCCGACGUUCGCAUGGAUGAGUUUCGUAUAAAAGAAACAAGAGAAAACGACACUGGGGAAUACUGCUGUAUCUUCACUACUUUUCCAUCAGGAAAGUAUGAAGGCAAAAUCGUUUUAGAGUUGAAAGAUCCUCCCUCUCAUUCUACAAACUGGCUGAUCAUAUACGUCGUCAUUGGCGGAGCCUCUGCUGUGCUAGUGUUUGGAGCAGUUGGGUUAUUCAUAUUUCAAACUCGUAGACGGAGCCAAAGAAUCCGCAACCCGGUUCAUAUAUCUGUACAUACAGGAAACUCUGCUAAAAAACACCAGUGCCAGGACGACAAAGAGGGUGCUAGUCUUGAAGAGGAUAUUGAUGACUAUUUCAAUGUCCUUACAGUACGGUCUGGAAGCAACUACAAACCCAUAAACACCACCACCUCUGCACCGUCAGCUGACAAGGGUGAUAAGAACUGAACGUUCAGAGUACGAAUAAAUGCUAAAAUGUGCAAUAGUAAUAUAGCAACAUAUCUCUAAAUAUUAUGGUAACAAAACAGUUUACAUUAACUAUCCUAGUCCUUAAUUAAUUUUUUUAAUUUGUUUGUAGAAAAUUUGUUUAUUUUGAGGUUUAUUUUAAAAAAUAGAAACAGCGUAUAACUAUUAUGAUAGUAAUAAUAAAUGUAAUACAGAUUAGGUGUUUAGAAUAUUUGAUUUAAAAUAUUAGAGUAAAAAGCAAUUAAACCAUAUAUGGUUUUGUUUUCUAUUAUUGAUUUGUUGUUGUACUAGUAUAUCUGUACAUAUUCUAAUACAGAGUUAAUGACAUUUUGUUUUUAUAGUGAAAUAAAGCUAUUAAAAAUAAAUCUCCCUAUGCUGAAAGCACUCCAAACCACCAGACUACUCCACCUGUGUUGGAGCCCUUAUGUCCAUUCCCGUGCGAGGUAUACAAGAAAAAAUGCAUGUUAGCCAGUGAUACAUGGUUGUUUUGAUUUUACGCAUUUCAGUGGGAUUGACUCUCACGAUGGGUGUUUCCAGUCAGGCGUGUUCAGUCAAUGCCAAACUCAAAAGGUUUGAACACACCAGGUCAAAUGCCUUUUUAUACAGCUGUCAGGCCAGCCAACAACAAUAUGGUAGAGAAAACAGUGAAAUGACAACAUUUACACGCCUAUUAACCUAAGAACAGAACAGAACAUCUGAUUUAACAAAGAUGGCUGAUAAAAAGGUAACCACGGGUUCUUAAUGAGGCACGUCUGAGAAUAAUGAAGGCAGGUGUUUAAGAUGAUCCGUGGGUGGGGUACAGGUCCCCAAUGAAGAAAUUGCAUUGCAGAGGAAACAGAGUGAGUUACAUGAAUUAGUAUUCUGAGUUACCGGUAAACGGUUUAGCCGUCCGAUAUUGAGAGAGGGCUUUAUACGAAAGAAAGCUCAGGUAGUACUCCUGGAAGGAGUUAAGGUUUUGUUUUGUUUAUGGUUUCUGUAAAUAAUAAAAAUACAAGUACUGCCCUGUUUAUACCUGA